CGCGGCCCCCGCGCCGCCCCAGCGGGCUGUAGCGGGGCGGGCGGCGGAGGGAGAAGGGGGCGAUGCCCCACGCCGAGCCCAGCCCGCCGCUGUGCUGAGCCGGCGGGGCUGGCCCGAGGCUGGAGAGCGGGACAUGGUGCUGGAGCCCCCCGUGACGCUCCCCGGGUGGCCGAGGGGCGGCUGGUGAGGAGCUGGAGCGCGGCGGCGGAGCGAGGCCACGGUGAGGGAGCCCCGAGCAUCCGGCUGGGGAGCCAUGGGGAGAUGCAACGGGCGAUGCACGCUGGUGGGAUUCUGCUGCCUGCAGCUGGUCGCGGCGCUGGAGAGGCAGAUCUUUGAUUUCCUGGGAUACCAGUGGGCGCCCAUCCUGGCGAACUUCUUACACAUCAUGGCCGUGAUUUUGGGUAUUUUUGGCACCAUCCAGUACAGAUCCAGAUACCUCAUGAUGUACGCCGUGUGGUUGGUGCUGUGGGUCGGCUGGAACGCCUUCAUCAUCUGCUUCUACCUGGAGGUCGGGCGCUUGUCACAGGACCGAGACUUCAUCAUGACCUUCAACACCUCCCUGCACCGCUCGUGGUGGAUGGAGAACGGCCCGGGCUGCCUGGUGACGCCGGUGCUCAACUCCAAGCUGGCGCCCGAGGACCACCACGUCAUCACGGUCAGCGGCUGCCUGCUGGACUACCAGUACAUCGAGGUGGUGAGCAGCGCCACGCAGAUCUUCCUGGCGCUCUUCGGCUUCGUCUAUGCCUGCUACGUCAGCAAAGUGUUCCUGGAGGAGGAGGACAGCUUUGACUUCAUCGGCGGCUUUGACUCCUACGGGUACCAGGCGCCCCAGAAGACGUCGCACCUGCAGCUCCAGCCGCUCUACACCUCGGGAUAACCGGGAGCCGGCGGCGCCAGGACCCCGCGGAGCCACCAGCCCCAGAUGCCACCACGGGUGCGAC